GGUUGUCGGGGCGGUGGUUGUUGGUGCUGCCGUUUGCGCCCGUAUUCCGGGAUUGGCGAAAAGUCAACGAGAACAGUGCCGAAAAGCACCACACGCGAUGCCUGCUGUUGGGGAGGGUGCCGAACUCGGUUUGCGUGAAUGCCGACAUCAAUUUAGGCAUCACCGAUGGAACUGUUCUCACGUUGCCAACGAUCAAGUAUUCGGUCAUGUCGUGGUAGUUGGAAGCAGAGAGGCAGCUUUCACGUACGCGAUAAGCUCGGCUGGAGUUACAUACGCGGUAACCGCAGCUUGCAGUCGCGGCAAUAUCACGGCUUGCGGUUGCGAACCGGCUAUAAGGACGAGAAAGGAAUUAGCUCCGAAUGGUUGGGAAUGGGGAGGUUGCAGUGCAGACAUCACUUAUGGAAUGAGGUUCGCACGUAGGUUCCUGGAUGCAAGAGAAAUAGAAGGCGAUGCUAGAAGUCUGAUGAAUCUUCAUAAUAAUAAAGCUGGAAGAAAAAUCGUGAAAUCUCUUCUUCAGACAGAAUGCAAAUGCCAUGGAGUAUCAGGUUCCUGUACAGUGAAAACAUGUUGGAGAACAUUACCUAGUUUUCGUCAAAUUGGUGAUGCCCUUAUGAAAAAAUAUUAUAGAGCUAAAGCUGUCGUUGCUAUCAUGCCUCCACCACCACCCACUAGCCAAAUUUCUGAAAGUAUAUCGCAUUCGGUUUCAACAGAAGAGAUAACACCUAUUCUCGGUAACGAUGCUAAAACUCAAGGGAAACAAAACGAUUUUGUAAAAGCGCGUCGUGAUCAGCAACCAUCAAAAAAAAAAAAAAACGGUAUUAAAUCGAGGAGAGCCUAUUUGGCGUUGAAAAGGAAUAAAGUUAGUAAUGGGGGAAGUACUACGGUGUCUAAAAAGAUGCCGAAGAGAAGCGAACUGGUAUUUCUACAACCAUCGCCAAAUUAUUGCGAACCAGAUUUGGUUUUGGGUAGUUUAGGUACGCAAGGAAGAUAUUGUAAUCGAACGAGUAAAGGAACCGAUGGAUGUGAUUUGAUGUGUUGUGGUCGUGGUUAUAACACACAUCAAUUUACUAGAACUUGGCAGUGUAGAUGUAAAUUUCAUUGGUGCUGUCAUGUAUAUUGUGACACGUGUACCGAACGUACGGAGGAAUACACUUGCAAAUGAUGUAUAAAUAUAUAUAUAUAUAUAUAUUUAUUUUUUGGUUUCUUUGACGUAAAGUAUCUAUUAAAAAGAUAAAUAUUCGACGAUUAUAUCUCGACUGAUCUCGAUGAUAUUAUUUUUGUAUUAUUCGUUCGGCUAAUCUCUGCUAAAUAUUACACGAUAUAAUCCUCGCUAAAAUACAAAUUAACAACAACAAAUUAUAUACGAGUGAGAUUUACCUGUGUAAGUAAACACGCUAGUAGAAAAGUAGUUUCAACAAAAAAAAUUUACUAAAUGAUUUAAUGACAAAAAUAUCAUAUCAAUUUAUUGCACUAUAUAAUUGAGAGCUUAA